AGGAAGUUAUUGACUAUUUCCGGGACGACAUCACUUCUACACAUGACAACAUGUCGGCCUGCCUCCGUCUUCAGUCCGCGGUGCUCCGCCGCGCGCUGCGAAGCGCCUUCAGCCUGCACAGCCGGACACCGGCACCUCCUACCGCCGCUGUCGGGCUGAGGCUUGUCAGUAACGCUUCUGCAGAUGUACAAAAGACGGUGAUAGAGUCUACAGAGGAAUACAAGUUUGUCGAGCGGCUCAUCCCACCGUCACGGGUCCCCGCUCCGCCUCAACACGCCGGGCCAGCCCCGUCUGGCUGGACCCCUCCGGCAGACUCACCGCCGACUCUGCCCUACAUGAUCCGCCGCUCCCGCAUGCACAACAUUCCGGUCUACACCGACCUGACCAAGGGCAGUCGCAGGACGACGCUGGUACGGAAAGUGGAGGGGGACAUUUGGGCACUGGAGAAGGACGUGAAGCAGUACCUAAAGGAGGUGACGGGCAAAGAGCUUCCCACACAGGUCAACGAAGUCACCAUGACCCUGAAGGUCAAAGGUCAUUUUGAUAAGGAGCUGAAGGAAUGGUUGGCAGAUAAAGGCUUCUGAAUGAGCUUCCAGGACUGUCACAGCAUCUUGCUCCGGGGCAGAGAGCUGGUUCAUGUGAGCAGGACAAGGACAUGAAAGAACUACUUGGUAACCGCAACUGUUGGAAUCUACUGACAUGUCAACACUUAAGAAAUGUGUCCUACAGUACUUUACUCAGAUCUCAAUAUGUGACGAAUUACUGAACUCCAUUUGACAUCAGAGAUUGAAGCUGUGGGAUCAUAGGGUGUGAAACUGUAUACAUACUUGUAAUAAAUAUGACUUAUAAGUAAAA